AUGAGUUGUAAUACCUAUUUUCUAGAGAGUAAGUUUGAAUAUUAUCCAAAGGACCUAAAAUUAAGUUAAACAAAAUAAACCAACCUUAAUGUACACCAAAAAAGUAGUGUGAUUUUUCAGUUUAAAAAUUCACUAAAACCUAACCAGAUGAAAGAACAACCACAAACAAUUUAUCUAGAAGAUUAGACUCCAGUUAAGACACAAAUAUGGUAUUGUCUAUUGUAAAGAAUAGAUUCUGGAAUAAAGACUGCAUUGGAUCGAUUAAUUGGCUGAAUCUCUUAAAUCUAAUCAAUCUUUUGAGGUUGGUAAAAUACUAUAAAGUCUAUAGUAAAUGGCAGUAACAUUAAAAUAAGCUUCAAAAAAUGAAAUAGAGUUGAACCAAAAAAAUAAGUUAUUAAAUAAAAGCACUCUUGAAACCAUUUCAUAAAAAUAAAUCAUUCAAUAACUCAAAGAACAAUAAGUAAAAUUAAUUUCAUAUGAUAUAGAAUCAUUUUAAAUAAGAUAAUAUAGAUUAAUCUAAGAAAUUACAUUUAACUUAAAUGGAACAAUAGAAAUUACAGAGAGAUUAUCUUUAUUAGAAACAACUUUGUGAAGAAUAUUACAAGAAAGUUCGCAGUCUUGAAAAGAGAAUAGAGAUGAUUUUAGAAAAGAAUUUAUCCACUCAUCAGGAUGAAUUGAGAAUGACAUUAUCUGAAUUAGUUAAAGAUAAUGAACAAUUAAAACGUAAUGUAAUCAAGAGGGAAAAAGAAAUUGAGAGAUUAAAAGAAUUGAACCAAAAGUUGAUUUAAUAAAACAACAGAUUAUCCAAAAAGUUGGAUAAUUUGAAAACCAAACGAGUAGGAACUAAAUCAGAUAAUAUAGUAAUUGAGGAUAAUUAUGUAAACAAUUAUGUUUUUGAUCCAAAUUAACUACCUUAGAGUUUAGAAUUCAGAUUAAGCUAAUUAACUUCUGAAUAAAAUGAUUUCUUGAUAGAUUUGAUUGAACAUGGAGCUGAUGUAUUCACAAAUUAAGUUAUUUAAUUAGAGAAUAUGCAAUAACGAAAAGAUUUAAUCAAUUUAAUUGCAAGUAAUUAUUACAUUUAUAAAAGACUAAUUUAUAAGUUAAAGAGAAUUUAGUGAGAAGAUUAAUUAGAUCAUGAAUGAAUUCAUAACUUUAAUAAGUUAUAGAAAUAUCAAAGAUUUCUAAAUACACGUUAGUAAAGGAUUCAAAAUGAUAUUUCAAACUGAAACUGUUCGUUUAUGGAUUAUAGAUGGAAUGACAUGUAAAGCUUACACUCAUGAUCCAAAUGGGUAAUAAUAAGUGGCAUUGUUGACAGAAGGUGUAUUCUAGAAAAUUGUUUAUGAGAAUUUUGGAAUCAAGAGUCCCUCCAAAGAAUAAUAACUUCUCUACAUAACUGAAGGAUCUAAAAUCUAUGGUAAGAACUUUUUAUUAUUACCGAUUAUGAUGAAUACAAAGAAGCCAUGCGGCUUAUUAGAAGUAUAAGUAUUUGAAUCUAUCAUAGAUUUAAAAUAUUAAUGAUGACAUGAUAAUAGACAUUUAAUACUAUGGAUUAUUAGUAAAUAUGCUAAGCAAGUCAGUUAUAACUAGCAUACUUAGUUAUGAUGCAUUAUAUAAGGAAUUAAAAUAUCAAGAUCUGUUUUACUCUUCAUUUAUCAAGUUAUGUUAGUCUACUAAUUUUGAUGAUUUUGAAUAGAGGAUCUAAGACUCUGCCUAUAGCAUAUUCUAAAUAGCUUAAACUAAUCUUAUACAUGUUGAGGAUAAUAAAUUCAAGAAAAAGGGAUAAUAUUAUGAUAUUAGAUCAGGAUGUGCAUACUAAGUGUACAAAUCACAAAGACCAUAGAUUCUCACUUCGAUUACAAAACAUUAAAAUUUUGAUGAGAAUAUUGACAUCUCCUCAAUAUUACCUGUAUUUGCAGGUCCAAUAAUCUAAGAUAAUUAAGUGGUAGCAAUUUUGGAGUUCAUUUUGAAAAAAAAGAAACUACAGGAUCAACAUCCAUUUGGAUUAUAGAUUCAAAUAGGAUUUAAAGUAAACUCUAUUGAUGAAGAUGCUUAGAAAUUUUAUGAUCUUGCAAGUAAGGCUUAUUGCAUUGCUUUUAAAAAAUGA